AUGGAAUCGGAAGCCGGCCAUCAACAAAGCAAACCCCCAAAGUCAAUGUUGCCAUUCUCAAUCCUUCCACCGGAACUCAAUACUGACAUCCUCUUAAGGCUUCCAGUGAGUUCCGUCUUGAAAAUUAGGUCUGUUUCAAAAUCUUGUCUUGCUUUCACCUCUACCCCUGAAUUUAUCAAGGCCCAUCUUAGUGUAUCUGCUAACCAUAAGAUUUUGUUGAGUUGUAGUCAACCCAACUUCAAUCUGAAAGAAUGUUCCUUUACAUCUUUACUUAAUAGCUUUGUUCUAGAUACAUCAGACUUGGAUUGUCCCAUGAAAUCAUAUGUUUGGUUUAUUGUAGGUUCGGUCAAUGGACUGAUUUGUCUUUCUAAUAGGGAAAAUGAAUUGUUUCUAUGGAAUCCAUCAACUAGAAAGCACAAACAAUUGCCUGAUUUUACAUUUAAGUUUAAGAAUGCUGAACGAUUUAUAUAUGGUUUUGGAUAUGAUGAGUGUCAUGAUGACUAUAAGGUAGUGGCAUGUAUUUACCCUCCCGGGAUUUUGCCUUUAUUUGGAGACUACGUCAAAAUAUAUAGUCUAAAGGAUGAUUCUUGGAGAAGCAUCAGUAUUCCCCAGGAUUGGGUGAAAUCCUUUAACUGUGGUAAGUUUGUGAAUGGGAAGCUUAAUUGGGCUUAUAGCUCUAAUUGUACUGGUCCUUUUUGGCGUAAGGGUUGGAACAUCAUUUCUCUUGAUUUGGCUGAUGAGAAAUGGGAAAAGGUAGAGGCGCCUUGCUAUAGUGAAGAAGAUGGAAUUUUUGUGUUGGGAGUGUUGGAAAAUAAUCUUUCUGUGAUAUGUAAUGGCAAUUAUGAAGGAACUGACCUAGAUCUAUGGGUUAUGAAGGAGUAUGGGGUUAAAGAAUCUUGGACUAAGAUGUUUACCUUUAAGUACCCUCAUCCUUAUCCUUCUUUGAUGUUUUUGUUUAAUCCGCCCCAUUUAGCUUCAAAUAAAGGUAAAGUUUUGUUGAUGUGUGGAAAAACUUUCGUGUUGUACUAUCUGAAGGGUGAAUCAAUCACACAUCCCAAGUUUACUAAGUUUCGAUCUGAUCUUGUUUCUGUGGAGUCAACUUACCUUGAGAGCCUAGUUUCUCCGAUUUUACAAAACGAUCAGGGACAACAAGAAUGA